GAUUCGGCCAGUCGGUCUCCAGCAACCAAACGUGAACGUCGUCAGUUCGUUGUAAAAACCGUUUUUUACAAUACGCGUCCAAUCAUAAGUUUGUUUAGUCAAGAAUAAUGUGUUUGUGAAUCGUUCUCCAAAAGGAUUUUAUUGUGUUUUAAUCUGUGUAUUACUAUACUAUAUGGGGAUAUCUGAAGAAAAGGCUUGCUAUUGCAAAGCUGACAAUCAACAACAGAAGAAGGAAGCUAUUUUUUCGCCUCUGAAAAAGAUGAAAGUACUCAAGAAAAUCAAACGCCGCAUAGGAUUAGCAUGUCGGUCUUCUUCUAACGGAGGCGGCACCAACAACCUACCACCAUUGCUUUUCCACAACGUUCAUGGGGAAAACAUCAGGAUUUCCAGGGACGGCACUGUCGCUAGCAGGGUGGAAAGCUUCUGCAAAGGAAUUGCCUUUAGCUCGCGCCCCAUCAAGGUCAAUGAAAAAGUUUGCAUCAAGUUCUUGGAGAUAUCCAACAACUGGAGCGGGGUGAUCCGCUUCGGAUUCACCUACAACGACCCAACUAGUUUAAGAUGCGGCCUGCCAAAAUACGCGUGCCCCGAUCUGACCAACAAGCCCGGGUACUGGGCCAAAGCCUUGCCGGAAAGAUUCUGCAGUCAAGGUACGGUACUUUUCUACUACGUCACCUCCACCGGUGACGUGCACUUCGGCAUCAACGGGGAGGAAAAGGGGAUCUUCUUCAACAACGUCGAAACCCGCGGGCCUCUGUGGGCCUUAAUAGACGUCUACGGAAACUCCACCGCCAUUGAGUUCGUAGAUGUUAGGCACCAGUUGAAUAAUUCUAGGUGUAACAUCGCUGGGGGGCAGUGUGAGACCCCCAGGGGGGAUGUCGAGAGGGUUGUCUACCCCAUGCAGCAGUUGUCGAUUCAGCAGCAGCAAAACGAAGAGUUGUCGUUACCUUUGUUGCGGUAUCAGUCGAGUACUUUGAACUUCAACGCGAUGAGUCUGCAUAGAACCAGAGGUCGCAAUGUUAGGUUUCUGAACAGCAGUAGAAGCGUGGCGUAUAGAACCGAUACGGAGUUCUGUCAAGGUUAUGUUUUCACUGGUAGACCUCUACAGUUAGGGGAAAGAGUUGUGGUGCAAAUUUUGGCUACGGAUCAGAUGUUCCAAGGUUGUCUAGGUUUGGGUUUGACUUCAUGCGAUCCUUCGACAUUACAAUCUAGUGAUCUCCCCGAUGAUUCUAACUUCUUAUUGGACAGGCCGGAGUACUGGGUAAUCAGCAGGGAUAUCGCGCGAAAUUUGAACAAAGGCGACGAAAUCAGCUUCUGCAUAUCGCAUAGCGGAGAAGUGCAAAUUAGUAGGAACGGUGGGGCUCCUCUCGUAGUAAUCCACGUGGAUCAGACUUUACGGUUGUGGGCGUUCUUCGACGUGUACGGUUCCACCCAAAAAAUCCGCGUUUUGAGCUGCCCCAGCCCCAUGUCGCCCGUCAGACAGCAAGAGAGGAGAAUAAUCUCUCCAACAUCCGCCACUGAGUCUAUGAACUCGUUAAACCAACAAUCGGAGUUGAGGCGCAACUCCGUCUUGCAGUCGAACUCCAGGAUGUGCUGCGUGGCCCCUGCGGACAUCCAGGUGCAACCGCAGGCCAACGGUGGGGCUGUGCUGUCGGUUAUACUGCCCCCCACGCACGCCAACUUGAUCAACCAGCAGCAGGUUCAGCAUCAUGGGCUCCACGCCAGGGAAAACCAAGCAAACAGCCAUCCGGUGGUUUCCUAUACAGCCCCGCAUGCAGUCCACACGCCUUCGCCGUUGUCGCCCUUGGGGGGGAAUAUUAUGGCGCCCGUACCGUCAUCGUCCGCAGCCAAUGGCAACUCGACGAUGGUGUCGACGUGUAGCAGCACGUAUGUCGAGCCCGUAUCGGACUCAAGUUCCUACUCGACGCCCCUGGGCUGGGACGCCCACAACGGCGCUACCCUGGGCGCGGGCGCAGAAUGCACCAUCUGCUACGAAAACUCCAUCGACGCCGUCCUGUACAUGUGCGGCCACAUGUGCAUGUGCUACGAGUGCGCGUUGCAGCAGUGGCGCGGCAAAGGGGGCGGCCACUGCCCCCUGUGCCGGGCCGUCAUCAAAGACGUCAUCCGCAUCUACAAGUCGUGAGCUAGUUAGUUCGGACGAUAAGAGAGUUACGUGCUUCCACGCCAGUGAUUAAAGACUGAUUGUUGAUCGGAUUGUUAGUUAAUAUUAAAAGUUUAGUUAUUUUUAUUACCUACCUUAGAUGUUAAAACCAAAGACGCCGCUGACGCGCCCUCUACCGGCGCGCGGCGGCAUUUUUCGUCAACAGACAAGUUAGUCAUAUCUGUUGCUGUCCGCCUUCAUGUAAAUUACAUGGCGGACUUAGUCAGCUGUUUCGCGCAGUUUAAACUUAUUUAUUUUUUUAUUAUUAUUAUUACUACUUUUAUUUAAUAUUCGGCGGUUUUUGUUCGCUUCGCGCCGCCGCGAAGCCGAAUGAAAAGUUUUAAAUCAAAAUUCGUUUUCCUAGAUUUAAUAAAUUAAAUUUUUCGAAAGCAACUUCAUAAUUAUUAUUAUUAUUAUUAUUAGUCGGGCAUUUGGAUUCUAUUGUAUACAUUCCUAAUACGUUCGUGGCCAGUCAUUACUUUUCAGUCCAUCGGUCCAUUCUAAAUGUCGCCAUGUUUAAUGGUCAAUUCCGAAACCGUAAAACGCGAUUAUUUCGAAUUGUUACCUAAAAAUGGCAAAAUGUUUUGUAAAAUAGAACUUCUAGUCAUAAGAAUGUACUGAUUUAGUUUAAAUAUUAUUAGUUUCAUAUAAAUUAAUAAAAUGUUAUCUAUUACCAUUUA